GAUUGAAUCUAUUUUUAAUUUGCCUCCAUAUUUUGUUCCAUCCGGUUGUGAUUUGUGAAGCAUUUGCAAAUACAAAUUUUAACCGGAUUUAAUAAAAGUUUUCAAAUUUUAAUUUAUUAAAUACUCGUAUGAUCGACUAAUUGCAGAGUAAGUUUAUAUGUAUAUAUAUAUAUAUAUGCAUUUGGGAAUUUAUCAAGAGUUGUGUUAAAUAUAACUUAUUCGAUUUGAAGUGAAGCAAGCCAUGAAUAAUUAAGAUUACAAAAAGGCCAUGUAUUUAUAUAAUUUAACUUUGCAACGUGGUACUGGUAUUACACAUGCAGUACAUGGAAGUUUCUCAGGUUCCAAAACUCAAGAAAUCCUUAUAUCACGUGGGAAGAGUUUGGAACUGUUGCGUCCAGAUCCGAACACAGGGAAAGUUCAUACUGUACUCACAGUUGAAAUAUUUGGAUGUGUUAGAGCACUCAUGUCUUUUCGUUUAACAGGAGGAACCAAAGACUAUGCUGUUGUCGGCUCUGAUUCAGGUCGUAUAGUAAUACUAGAAUAUAAUCCAGUGAAGAAUUCGUUAGACAAAGUUCACCAAGAAACGUUCGGAAAGUCAGGCUGUAGACGAAUUGUCCCUGGUCAAUAUUUUGCCAUAGAUCCAAAAGGAAGAGCUGUAAUGAUAGGUGCGGUUGAAAAACAAAAAUUGGCUUAUAUAUUGAAUAGAGAUGCAGAGACUCGCUUAACAAUAUCAUCUCCAUUAGAAGCUCAUAAAUCAAAUACCUUUUGUUAUCAUAUGGUUGGAGUUGAUGUUGGUUUUGAAAAUCCAAUGUUUGCUUGCUUAGAAAUUGACUAUGAAGAAGCUGAUAAUGAUCACACAGGAGAAAUAGCAAAAAAAACAUCGCAAACUCUCACAUUUUAUGAGCUUGAUUUGGGUUUGAAUCAUGUUGUAAGAAAGUAUUCUGAACCGUUGGAAGAACAUGCCAAUAUUCUAAUAUCGGUGCCAGGAGGAAAUGAUGGCCCCUCAGGAGUUCUAAUAUGCUCGGAGAAUUAUUUGACGUAUAAAAAUUUGGGAGACCAACACGAUAUACGAUGCCCAAUUCCUCGACGAAGAAAUGAUCUUGAUGAUCCUGAAAGAGGCAUGAUAUUUAUAUGCUCAGCUACACAUAGGACAAAAAGUAUGUUCUUCUUUUUGUUACAAACAGAACAAGGUGAUAUUUUUAAAGUAACUCUGGAAACUGAUGAUGACAUAGUUACUGAAAUAAAAUUAAAAUAUUUUGACACCGUCCCACCAGCUGCAGCACUUUGUGUCUUAAAAACUGGCUUUCUCUUUGUUGCUUCUGAAUUUGGCAAUCAUUACCUCUAUCAAAUUGCUCAUCUUGGAGAUGAUGAUGAUGAACCUGAAUUCAGUUCUGCUAUGCCUUUGGAAGAGGGUGAUACAUUUUUUUUUGCGCCCAGACCUUUAAAAAAUUUAGUUAUGGUCGAUGAGCUACAUUCAUAUGCUCCAAUAAUAUCAUCAACUGUUGCUGAUCUAGCUAAUGAAGAUACUCCACAAGUAUACUUAAUGUGCGGAAGAGGUCCAAGAUCAUCUCUAAGAGUUCUACGACAUGGUUUAGAAGUUUCUGAAAUGGCUGUAUCUGAAUUGCCGGGUAAUCCGAAUGCGGUAUGGACUGUAAAGAGAAGAUCUGAUGAUGAAUUUGAUGCUUAUAUUAUUGUAUCUUUCGUAAAUGCAACUCUUGUCCUAAGCAUUGGUGAAACUGUUGAAGAAGUGACAGAUUCUGGGUUCUUAGGCACUACGCCUACACUUAGUUGCUCAGCUUUAGGCGAUGAUGCACUUGUUCAAGUAUAUCCAGACGGCAUAAGGCAUAUUAGAGCUGAUAAGCGAGUUAACGAAUGGAAAGCUCCUGGAAAAAAGUCAAUCACUAAAUGUGCUGUCAAUCAACGUCAGGUUGUAAUAGCACUCUCUGGACGUGAAUUAGUUUACUUCGAAAUGGAUCUUACUGGGGAGCUUAAUGAGUACACAGAAAGAAAAGAAAUGCCAGCUGAAGUUAUGUGUAUGGCAUUAGGAACUGUUCCUCCUGGGGAACAAAGAUGUUGGUUUUUAGCUGUUGGGCUUGCUGAUAAUACCGUACGGAUUAUUUCAUUAGACCCUCAAGAUUGUUUGGCCCCACGUUCAAUGCAAGCCUUACCCUCACCUGCUGAAUCACUUUGUUUAGUUGAAAUGGGUAGUGCAGAAGCUUCCGAUGAAGGAGCUCCUCAGAAAACUGGGUCAAUAUAUCUUAAUAUAGGAUUAAGUAAUGGUGUACUUCUCCGAACGGUUUUGGAUCCUGUUUCAGGAGAUCUUGCAGAUACAAGAACGCGCUAUUUAGGUUCCCGUGCUGUAAAAUUAUUUAGAAUUAGAAUGCAAGGUUCGGAAGCCGUUUUAGCUAUGUCUAGUAGAACAUGGCUUUCAUAUUAUUAUCAGAAUAGAUUUCAUUUGACACCACUAUCUUAUGAGAGUCUUGAAUAUGCAUCAGGUUUCUCAAGUGAACAAUGUAACGAAGGCAUAGUUGCAAUUUCUACUAAUACUCUAAGAAUUUUGGCCCUUGAAAAAUUAGGUGCUGUGUUUAAUCAAAUAACAUUCCCUCUAGAAUAUACUCCAAGACGUUUUGUAAUUCAUAAUGACACUGGAAGGAUGGUGAUAGCAGAGACGGAUCAUAACGCUUACACUGAACAAACUAAAAAUGCAAAAAAAAAGCAAAUGGCAGAUGAAAUGCGUGAGGCUGCUGCAGAAGAAGAAAAAGAAUUAGCGAAUGAAAUGGCAGACGCCUUUAUAAAUGAAGACUUGCCGGAAGACACAUUUUCGGCCCCAAAAGCCGGUACCGCUAUGUGGGCAUCACAGUUACGUAUAAUGGAUCCUAUUCAUGGUCAUGUUAUCAAUAAAGUUCAAUUACAACAAAAUGAUGCAAUAAUAUGCAUGGCCAUCGUAAAAUUUUCCGUAGCUAACGAUGGGAGAUACUAUUUAGCAGUUGGUGUAGCAAAAGAUUUGCAACUAAAUCCUAGAGUUUCCAAAGGGGGUGCAAUCGAUAUUUAUAGAAUAGAUCCUACUUGCACUCAUUUAGAAUACAUACAUAGAACUGAAAUUGAAGACAUUCCUGGAGCUUUACAUGGCUUUCAGGGUAGACUAUUAGCUGGCGUUGGAAAGAUUUUAAGAAUUUAUGAUUUGGGGAAAAAAAAACUGUUACGUAAAUGCGAAAAUAAACACAUACCUUAUCAAAUAGUCAAUAUAAAUGCAAUGGGUCAUCGUAUAUAUGUUUCAGAUGUUCAAGAAUCAGUGUUCUUCAUAAGAUAUAAACGCCAAGAGAAUCAGUUGAUUAUAUUUGCUGAUGAUACUCACCCAAGAUGGGUAACAGCAACAUGUCUAUUAGAUUACGAUACGAUAGCAACAGCUGAUAAAUUUGGUAAUAUUGCGAUUUUGCGACUACCACAUUCUGUUACAGAUGAUGUUGACGAAGAUCCAACUGGUACUAAAUCCCUGUGGGAUCGAGGAUUAUUAAGUGGUGCCUCACAAAAAGCGGAAAAUGUGUGUACUUUUCAUGUAGGGGAAACAGUAAUGUCAUUACAAAGAGCAACGUUAAUACCUGGAGGAGGUGAAUCUUUAAUAUAUUCAACGCUUAGUGGAACUGUUGGUGCUUUGGUUCCUUUCACCAGUAGAGAAGACUUUGAUUUUUUUCAACAUUUGGAAAUGCAUAUGAGAAACGAACACCCUCCACUAUGUGGACGAGAUCAUUUAAGUUAUAGAAGUGCUUACUAUCCAUGCAAAAACGUUAUGGAUGGUGACUUAUGUGAACAGUUUACAUCUAUUGAUCCUGUCAAACAAAAAAACAUUGCAAAUGAUCUUGGUCGAACACCUAAUGAAGUUGCUAAAAAACUUGAAGAUAUAAGGACUAGAUACGCCUUUUAAUUAGAACGCUUUUAUUAUUUUGUAAAUAGUUUUUUUGGACCAACGUAUUUAAUUUAAACUAGUAUUUAAAAGAAAAUUAAAGACUUCAAGAAAUGAAAAACAUGGAAGAAAUAUGAGAUUGAAGUAUCCACAUAAAAUUUCAAUUGGAUCACUAAAAAAAUGUAUCAUAAACAUUGAGAUUAUUUCUUUUCAAGACUAUUUGAAAUUUCAAAAACACUUAGCGAAAAUGUUUUUAACAGAAAUCGAACGUUUUAUGAACACAACCACGCGGAAUAGACUGCUCAUUUUGAAUGUAAGGAAAUCAGGCUAAUUAACUGAUUUUAUUCUAAUUACCUACCUUAAUUAGUAAUUUAUAUUUAACUAAAUUAUUGAAAGUAUUAGGAAAUAUGUAUAGUAUGUAAUAACCCUAUGUAAAUUUAGUACAAGUAAAUAAAAAUAUAAUAAACGGAAAUACCUAUGUAUUAUAUGAAAAAAAUUAUUAUUUUGUAAAUAAAUAAAAAAU